GUGCAGGCCACCCAGCUCCAUUCAACGCAGUGCUCCUCGCCAGGCGCGCAUCCGGGCCAUAAAAUGGCACCUCGUGGAUGAUCAUUUCCCCAAGCCACGAAAUCGCGAGCAAACGCGAGCUCUAAACUCAUCUCCCUGCCUCAAAAGCUGGGAGAGCAUCUCCAAGUCGGGAGAGCAUCUCCGGCGCACUCGCCUCUGGGAGCCUAGCUCAGGUCUGGGAACGCCGAGCAGCAAUGCCACGCCUCACGAGAGUAGUGGUGCUUCCCGUGCUGCGCCGCCACUGGGCGCUGCACGCGAAGCGGUGCCCCGGCGCCGCGCCCGAGAAGCGCAACGCGCUGGAAAGAACAUACGACGCCUUCGUCGAGACGGCCGCGAAGCAGUGGGCGCGGCUCCAGGACGCGCCGCGCCACUCGCCGAAAGACUACGCGCGGCGAACGAUACAGACGAUCCUGGACGCCUCGCGCGACCCCGACGAGCAGUUCCUCGUGGAGCUAGGUGGAGGGCCCCACCCGGCGAGGAUCGAGGUUAGGUUUCCCGCGAGGCUCGACGAGCGGCUGGUGCGGCGGCGGCUCGCGAAACUCGCGGCGGCACGCAAAAACGAGCAUUUGUGGAGAAGCAGAGCCUGGCUCGCGACGGCGCCGGUGCUCGCGCCGCUCGUCGCCACGCCCAUAACUAAAUGGCCCAUCGUCUACGCGUUCUGGCGCUGGCAGGAGAACGCCCGCGCGCGGCGCGGCGCCGCGUUCCUCGAGACCGCGCCCAUCACAUUCGUCGCGGACCCGUCCCUGGAUGCAUUACCGAACGAGCCGCUCGACGCGCGGUCGGCCGAGAGUGCUGUGGAGGGCGCUGGCGCCGUCGUCGCGCACAAACGGAGAUGGUUAAGACGCAACGGGAGGGACCUCGGCGGCACGGACGACGACGACCUCGCCUACGGCUGAUGAUGUACGCAUGUUUUUA